UGCGGCUUAAACGAAUGCAAUUUCGUACCAAGUAUCAUUAUCCUAAAAAAAAUACUAUUCUAUGAUCAAUUUACAAUAACAGUGUAAAACUGCGUCUUUGAAGAUUUUGCUCUGCAAACCCAAAAUCUUGAUUGAAGUUCAAUGGGAGAAGAGAGAAAACAAAUUUGUGUGAACGGUGAAGAAAAUCAAGCAGAGAUUGUUAAAGAUGAAGACAAACUCGCUUUACAAUUCAUGGAUUCACUUCAUAACUAUCUAACCCUCACCGAUUCUCUCUCUUCCACACUUCGACAGGGAUGGCUGGAGUUAGCAAGUGCUAGACAUUCUAUGGGUGCUUCACGCGUUAAUAGUUCUUUAUUGGACCUCAAAUUCCAUCCGGCUGCUACAACAUUGAAGAUAACCGGAAAUGAUGUAGGUGCACAACCACAAUUCACGUUGCAGAAAUGGGUAUCCUCUGAACAUGAAAGUACUCAAUUAGAAGACAAGGAUGAGCAGCCACAAGAUAGUGAUUUGAAAGCGUCUGAUAAUGAUGAAGUUCAAAAGGAGCGACACAAGUCCUUGUCAGUUUUUGGAGUUUUAAUUUCCCCAAAGCUUCGUGCCUCCCAGCUGUCAUUUGAGAAAGCACUAGAGACGAUCGUUGAAAUAGCAAAUAUGCGAUCAUCAUUGUUACACUCUUUUCACCAACUUCAUCAAGAGGUGGAAGAUACCAAAGAAUGAAAAAGUAGCAAUUCUUCAGGCUGCAAGAGUGACAUCACAUGUGGACAAUCUGAUUACAUUAUUGGGGAAUAAGAUUGCAAGAUUUUGGUUUCAAAAUGAAAAGUUCCUCAUAGUAACACUUAUUUCAUUUUGCAUCCGUUGGAGCUUUUGAUGAGAAUAUACGUUAGGUUUGAACAAUUUUUUGUAGCACAUCAUUACAUCAAAAGGAAACAGAUUUGAAGUAUUGUUUCUGUUGUCAAUUAUUCUCUUAGGUUUGCAGUUUCA